CACCAUAGUGUACCGCGUCGUGCCACCUUUACCUCUGUGCUGCUGCUGGCUGCAGUGCUGCCUUCAGAGCUGAGCACCCGGACAGCAGCCGCCGCCGGUCUCUGGCCGGCCCACUCCGAAGGCAAGGAAAAAGGACGAGCAAGGAAAAACGAAGGAUAUUUGUUCCUAUUUCAAAAAUGUGCUUGAAUGGAGAACCAAAAAAGAAGCCCUAUCCAGGAAAACCUGGUAAUCCUGUAUUGAGCAGUGGUCUCCUGUCUCCCGUGUGCUAGCUGUGGUAGCGUGCGUCACCCAGUAGUUAUGUUUUUCCAAUGAACGCCUUCUUGCUGUCUCCCAUAAAGGCGUGCAAGGCCACCUCCCUGAUUUCCAAUCCCUUCUUAACGUUCUCAUCUGAUGAAAAGUCAACAAUGGAGGCAACUUCUGUGCUGUUAUUCCUAUCGCGCUUACCAGUACUGUUCCAUUGUUACUUCGUAUUCUGCUUGUCUGUUAGUUGAACCCACACGUUUCUUGCGUUAUUCUCAGGCCAUGUCUACACUAUGCUUUCGUCUUUAAAACUUUUGUCACUCGGGUGUGAAAAAAACACACCUCUGAAUGACAAAAGUUUUAAUGAUGAAAAGCGCCGGUGAGGACAGCAUUUAAGUUGCCAGGAAAUGCUUUUCUGGCAACGAAUCUGCUGCCUCUUUUGGGGGUGGUUUUAUUUUAUCACCGGGAGUACACUGCGCACCUUACAACGGCGCGGCUGCAGUGGCAUAUCCGUGCUGUUGUACGGUGUGCAGUGUAGACAUAAUCUUAGUUGGUAAGGUCUUUGGAGCAGGGAUGCUUUUGGUUUUGUCUUUGUACAACACCUAAUGCAGUGGAGCCCUGAUCUCUGGUUGGAGCCCCUAAGAGUUGCCACAAUACAAAUAAUAAUUUUGCUUGGAUAUUAGAAGAAGAAGAAAAAGAAGUAAUAGACUUCACAUGAUUGGAGUAUGUUGCGGAAGGAAAUCUGGCUCACUACUGAACUGAGAGUUUGGCCUGGUGUUGCAGCCAAAAUACCCUCUGCCUGCUGUUGUCUGGAAUAGGAAAUGCUGUCUCUGUCUGCCACUUGCACUAGGGCCACUGGACCAGCGUAACUGAGAAUCCCCCCCUUGGUCCAGUCUCUUUCUCUCCCUCUCUCUCUACUGGCUUGUGGGGCUGACAGAGACUCCAUUUAAAAAAUGGAUUUUGAGGCAGUUGCAAAGUACUCGGCAUUACACCUGAAACCACCUGGACUUAGCCUUCAGUAUGGAACUGCUGGAUUUCGUACCAAGGCAGGACAUCUUGAUCAUGUCAUGUAUCGCAUGGGUUUGCUGGCAGUACUAAGGUCCAGGCAUACCAAAUCUACUAUUGGAGUCAUGGUUACAGCAUCUCACAAUCCUGAAGAAGACAAUGGUGUAAAAUUGGUCGAUCCUCUGGGUGAAAUGUUGACCUCUGCCUGGGAAGAAUAUGCUACCUACCUAGCUAAUGCAGAAGAGCAAGAAAUACAGAGCAUACUGACUGAGAUCUGCCAGAAAGAAGCAGUGAAACUGCACGAACAUGCCUCAGUUUUUAUUGGUAGAGACACCAGACCUAGCAGUGAGAAACUUUCACAAUCAGUAAUAGAUGGUGUGUCUGCUCUAGGUGGUCAAUAUCAUGAUUAUGGUCUGGUGACAACACCACAACUGCAUUACAUGGUCUGCUGUCAAAAUACUCAAGAACACUAUGGGAAGGCAACAGUGGAAGGUUACUACCAGAAACUAUCCAAAGCUUUUGGGGAGCUGACAAAACAAGCUUCCAGCUCUGGAUAUGACCAGAUGUGUCUGAAGAUAGAUUGUGCAAAUGGUAUAGGAGCCCUGAAACUAAAGGAAAUGGAACGUUACCUUACAAAGAAACUGCUAAUUCACCUAUAUAAUGAUGGAACCAAAGAGAAACUCAAUCAUUUAUGCGGUGCAGACUUUGUGAAAGUUCAUCAGAAACCUCCUCUGGGACUAGAAAUCAAACCUAAUGAAAGAUACUGCUCAUUUGAUGGAGAUGCAGACAGAAUUGUUUAUUACUAUAAUGAUACUGCUGGCCAUUUUCAUCUUGUGGAUGGAGAUAAAAUAGCAACUUUAAUUAGCACUUUCAUUAAAGAACUUCUUAUCAAGGUAGGACAAACUGUAAAGAUGGCAGUGGUACAAACAGCAUAUGCUAAUGGAAGCUCUACAUGUUAUCUUGAGGAAACCAUGAAGGUGCCUGUUCAUUGUACCAAAACAGGAGUAAAGCAUUUGCAUCACAAGGCCCAGGAAUUUGACAUUGGAGUUUACUUUGAGGCAAAUGGGCAUGGCACAGUAUUAUUUAGUAAAGCUGCUGAAGAGAAAAUAAGACGCAUGGCAAAAGAAGAAAAGGAGACUCAAAAAAGAGAAGCUGCGAAGAUGCUUGAAAAUACCAUUGACCUGAUUAAUCAAACUGUGGGUGAUGCCAUCUCAGACAUGCUAGUGAUUGAAGCAAUCUUGGCUCUAAAGGGUCUGACAGUGCAACAGUGGGAUGCCAUCUACACAGAUCUUCCCAACCGACAGCUGAAAGUUAAGGUUGCAGACAGACGAGUCAUUGACACAACAGAUGCUGAGAGACGUGCUGUUACACCCCCAGGACUACAAGAAAAAAUUGAUGAACUUGUAAAGAAGUACAGACUGUCACGAGCUUUUGUCCGCCCAUCAGGAACAGAAGAUGUAGUGCGCGUAUACUCUGAAGCAGACACACAGGAGAAUGCAGAUUCCCUUGCACAUGAAGUAAGCCUGGCUGUUUACCAUCUAGCUGGUGGAAUAGGAGAACCACCUCAGCCUGUAUGUUGAAGGGGAAAGCCUUGGUCAUGCUACCUAAACCCGCUUUUAUUGUGUCCCCCGCCCGCUUUAGCAUGAACUUAAGUCAGCAAUAACAAAUCAAACUUCCUGAUUUUUUUUUUAAAUAUUCUUAUACCUUAUCCUUAAUGGGACACUCCUGCUGCUCAGAGAAUUGGGAUUUUUUUAAGCCUUGUUGGACCUUUUUGCUUCUGAAAGUAUGGUACUAGAACUGGAGUCAAGUGACAUGCUUCAUCUAAUCAACCAGGGAAUAGGAACCAGCUCUCAUAAUGCCCACUGUAAGUACCCUACCCACUGGCUGCUCUGCUAACCCAAACUGAUUGUAUCAUAAGAUGGUGUGAGAAACCUCUCCUGACUGCUGCUAAGAAGACAGAACUAUUCUCUAAGCCACACACUCUGUUCAUGAAAAAGGUUUGCACAUCACUACAAGAGAUUUAGACCUUUUGUAUUCCCAAAGAAGCAGAGAACUUCACCUAUUACAUCUACAACUGCUGAAACUGGAUUUAGUGUCUUAAAGAGAAUUUCUAAAUUGUCUCUAACCUCCUUUUCCUACUCUACCUUCUCUUCAUGUAGAAUACAUACAGUAUCCACAAGCUGGCACUGUGCUAUGAGACUUUACAACCCUUGUUUUAGUUUAGUUUGCAGUAGUAUGUUGUCAUUCAGUUUUGAAAGCAGCCAGAACACUGACUUGUACAAGAAUCCUGCUUUCUGCAAGCAUUUAUUCAUUUGAGUUCUGGCUGUUUACUGGCCAAAAUAGCACACAGGCAUAUCAUCAUACAGCUCUGUAGUUCCACACUUGCUGAGGUAGUGUAUAGUCACUUCCCUUUUAACUGAUGUUGAGCAGACCUUAUGUUGCUAACCAGGCCAGUGAUAGCCUCUAAAACUUGAAAGAGCACUUGAGGACAGGUGCCACAGCUGGGAAACAGUGGUCUUUAAAGCACCUCAGCUGUAUUUCACAAAUGUUGUGUAAAUGACUGUAACCACAUGGCAGACACCACUAACAUUUAGGUCCUAGUUUACUUGUCUCUUCCCAGCCUGAUAUUAUUUCACUCUUUACUAUUAAAAAUUGAAGCCAUCUCUUACUGAAUUCCAUGCUCUGUUUGUCUCUCAUUUUGAGAUUUCUGUGCUCACAUUUAUACCUCAGUAGGAAGAAAAUUACUGUAUCCUCUACUAGGGACAGAUUAGUCUUUCAAACCGCAGCCACAGGACAGAAGCUGCUGUUCAACAUUAUCCAAUGUCAAUAUCAUUUCCCCUUACUCCCUGAAGAAAAUCUGUACUAGCUGAGACUUUCUUGAAUGCAUAUAAAGUGAAGCUUGGGGCUAAAGCUCAGGGGACUCUGUUUCAUAACAAAUGUCUCAUGUGAUUCAAGGAAAUAUUGAAGGGUAUGUACUACUGGACAGUGGCAGAUAGCAACAGUGUGUAACUGAACCAUCUCCGUAAUGUGUUCUGAUUUGAUAAUGCUCGCUUCAGCACAGGCAAAGCACCUUUUGUUUUAAUGCCUAUAUAAACUCUGUGGGUAGGCGCAUAGUACAUUUGCAUAACUCUCGGUGAAAAAGCCCCAGGCCCAUCACUCGAGAACUAGCAGAGUGCCAGUUUAACAAUGGCUGAGGAAAAGCAUGUCAGCAACUUCUAAGGAGUUAGAGAAAUUGUGAACACAAAGAAACUGGAAACAAAGUGAAAAAUGUGCAACUUGUAUUUUGUAGUUUGUUUAAAGACAGAACUCGACACACCAAAACACAGAUACUGUAAAUAUUAGGCACCAUAAUCAAUAUGAGCCAACAAUAAUUAAACUUGAUUUCAGGCCACAUCCAGAAUUGGUCUCAUAUUUACAAAUAUUUAAAUUAAAUAGAACCUGAAGUAUUCAUUACAUACAGAGUAAGAAAAGAAAACUAUACAACUCUGAAGGAUAUAGCAUUUCAUUUAAACAAUUACAUUAGUUUUAAGCUGAAUAGGACCAGUUACAGCUCACGUUUUUAUGACACCUUCCAGAAAAUCCUUCUCAACCAUCUCUUCAAUUUUUUGCCUUGCUUUGCUGGAGAAUGUUUUUUGGUUCUCCAUUUUUAUGUCCUUAUUGGGGAAAGAAUUUGGGUAAAGGACAGGGCUCCCUGAGUGUCCAACACAUCUGCUUGUGACUUUGCUAUUAAAAACCUGGCUGAGUACAUUGAAGAAAGGGAGAAGCUGCUCAAUGCUGCGGACGGUAUAGAUAGUUAACAGCAAAUGACCUGGUUCCCAACUCAAUGUUUUCCCUGAGCUGUCCUCCUCUGGGUUUUUCUGUAAAUACAGAUAAAUAUGAAAUAAUACAGAACAACACCCAAAAGCAAAAUACAUAGGACAAUAAGAGAUUAAAACAUUUCUGUACAUUGUUACCAGCAGAACAGCUGUUAAAUGCUGCCCUCUCCCCUUGGAACAGUCAUAUCCUAGAGAUAUACUAAGUCAUCUACUAAAGCAGACUUGUUCUUUGGCAUCAGUGGUCUUAUCUUAGCCUGUUGCCAAUAUUACUGAAGAUACAAAUCCCAGAACAGAGACGUUAAAAUAGAAAUUAAACAUUUUUAUUGGAGAGCAACAGUCCCGCUAUUCAGGAGAUCAUCGUGCAAAGACAUUUAUUUCUAUAAUAAUGUUUGCUAAUAUAUGUCUGACAUUUAGAGUCUAAACAGACAUCAUUUCUCACAGAUCAUGAAAGUUAAAUUACUUACCUGAAAUGUAUGUGUCUCAGAAGACAUGGUCCACAGACUUAGGUUACUUAUGCAUACUUUGGGCAUUGUUUGACAGAAGAAAUUUCUGGAACCCCACCACUAAAGGCAGCAGUCAUAAGCCAAAAGUUUGAAGGAUGUGUGCAUAAAUGUAUAUAUAUAGCCCUCCUUUAGGGUUUUCUAUAGCAUUAAUACCUACUGUGCAUUACAUUGUAGUCUAACCAUCAGUUCCCCUUUUGAUCCAAAUUACCAUUAUCACUAUACCCUAAGCUACAAAACGACCCUGACUAUGCCAACACUUGAGAGGAUGUGGCUGCAGUACAGUAUAUUGGCAGUGUUCCUUCUGCCACAAAGCAGAUGUACCCAGCUGUAUUGUACCAGUAGUUGGUGCUUAUUCCUGAGGGAGGGACGAAGAGGAAAAGCACUACGUCAAUGAGUCAUGUCUUAAAAUGCUUCUGAUCUGUGCUUCCCCUCCCAUUGUGGCUGUAGCACAUUCAGAAUGAGUGGAGAAUGUAGAAUUAUCAAAGGAAACACCAUGGGACCUGAGCAGACGGCAUGAGAGCAAUGUGAGAAGCCCCUAACAUCAGGGGAUGUGAAAAUCAGAAGAGGUGGUGUGAGAAGAGCAUUACUUACUGUCUACUCAUGUUUCGGCCUCUGGGUAGCCACAGAUUUACUCAAAAUAUUAUAUUCUAUGAACAACAUAUUUUUUACCCUUUAAAUAACAUUAAGCAUCUUUUGGAAACUAAGACCUAUGGGGACAUCUCUAUUAUAUUAAAAGUCUUCAAAAUGCAGGACAAUAUAUUAAAUUUAGUAUUUUUCUUCGGCAGUGAAACGAUUUAGUUCUCUCUUGUCUGAUGUGACUUAAAACUGUGCCACUUAUUUGGUAAAAUUUCUUGAGUAAAAACAGGCUGUGUAAUAAAUCAGAGCAAGGAGGAUCCAGAAUUCUAAUACAGAAUGAGUUGCUGACCCCCUGCUUUUUUAAAAAAUUACUACUUUGCCCAAGUCAUAACUUUGUCUCGGCCAGUGCAGCUGGAGAAAUAGGUUUAAAACUUAAAUUAUUGAUUACAAAAAACCCAAAACACCUUUUCAUUAGCUUUGUAUUCAGAGAGGAAGGGAAUUUACAUAGUUGAUUUUGAGAGUAUUGCCUCAAGGUGGACGCUUUUGGAUGGAGUUGUUCCAAAAAUAAUAACCACCAUGUAAUCAUUACAAACAUUAAUGGAAUAGUGCUGGAAGUGGUCAACCAAAGUGCAUCUAUGAUUACACUAAUCUGUCUGGAUAUGAUCAAUGAAGUACAAAUCCAUCUGUGGCAUUUCUUCACCUUGGUAUUUAAGCAAAUUCCACUAAUUUGUCUGAUAGGUAAAUGACAGAUAAUUUGACACAGAAAUUAGAACACAGGUAUGUGCUUGGUUUCUGAUGUGUGAUAGAAGCAGUUUUGUUGUUUAAAUUCUAUGAUGGUUGUAUUCCUUUUGCAAAUAAAUCUAUUUCUUGAAAUCCCUUUUACUUAGAGAAGCUGGCUGAACAAAAAUACUCUUCUCUGUAGUCAUCUACAUAAAUAGAGGUAUUUAGGACUCUAUUUCUUUGUCUUCGUCCAAAUAUCCUUAACUCUGUCCUCUGAAGAGAGUUAUCCCAUUUUGCAUUUCUUAUUGAAAUCCAGAUAUCACACAUGGCUGUGAGCAUCAGGUGGUGACAAAUAAGUUUUUGUUUCACAACUCAAGCAUCAAAGGCCACCCUCACCUGAUGCUUGGCCAUCUCCACUCCCUCCAAAAUCAUCAUUUUAAAGUCCUCCUGCUUGUCCUGUGGAAGGAAAGAGGAGAACUUUCAGACCGUGUUCCAUAAAUUAAAAUAAUACUUAGCCAUGAAGGCUUUGUAGUUGGCAAUUUGGGUGUUGAGUUUUACCAGAAGUUCUUGUCCCAAAAGGGCCCAUUAUCUUCAGUCAUAACCUGGGGAUAUCAGACUGUGGAGUUAGUGUGUGGAGAAGGAGGCUAAUGACAGAAAGAAAUUCCAGUAUGUUUUUCUGUUUCUUGUCAUAAUGCUGACUGAACGCACCUCCUUCAGUCUCCAGAGCUUGAGGAACAUCAAACUGCAUAAAUCUCGCUAUCAGUCAAGGUGUCCUGAAGCUAAAGUAAGCUCAAGUGAUACAUCCUGCCAAUAAAUUGUACACUGCAAGAGAAACACACUGCUAUCUUCAUCAGUAUUCUUCCACUGCAAUUAGAAAGAAACAAUAGACUGGAAGCUGGUAUUAAU